AUGGGGCAGGACUCAGUGCCACCCCGUCUGGCCUCCAGCCAACACGUACCGCUCACGUACCGGAAUGAUUUCGUCAGCGAGAGAGAAGGGGAGGUCGUGGAGCGCACGCCAGAAGAAACCGGAAUGCCAUCCCCGAGCCCCGGGGAUCUUGUUCCUCGGCAGAACCAGUUCCGGGAACGGUCGACGUCAUCGGUGAGAUACGAACCAGUCACGGUUCUAGGGGCGACAAGGAUGUCGGAGCAGGCGGCAGCCCUCUUCAAUACCGUUUCCUCCACCUUCUUCCCCAACGUGGACCUGGCCAAGGCGAAGAGCCGACCGCUCCCCUCAGGUGCGGAGGUGUCCAGCAGCCUGCCCCUGCAGAUCUGCCUCCACUUCAACGCUUACCUCUGCCCCUUCUGGAUCUCCGCCUCCGUCGCCUGCCUCGUCGUCAAGUUCCCCGGACUGAGCGAGAUCUUCCAGCCGCUGGCCGUGACGAUCGUCUCCGUGCUGGGGAUCCUCGAGGCCGUCCGCAUCUACCUCGGCUACACGGGGAACCUCAUGGAGAAGGCGAGUCCAGCGAUCGGUCGCAUAUUAUAA